CCCCGGUCUCUAUUUAUCUGCUCUUUGAUCCGUUCGUGGUUUUGGGGUUUGGUCGAAGUUAAUCUCAUCCACCGGGGUUUUGGCAAAUGCAUGUCGUGACUGUUUGCAAGGAUAAAAUAAGACCAUAGUUGGUGAACAGAACUCCUAACCUACACCUAAGGAACCACUGGGUGAACAACGAGGAUCAUCUCUUUUGGAGGCCCAUGCUCUCUGAAGUGAAAUGGAGACAGAGCCAUGUUGUGAAGCGCAUAAUGACCCUGGAGUAACGGCUACAGAGUCUGAGGUGAAGGAGGCAAUUUUCGGACUUGUUGAUGGAGACAGUCUCAAUGAGCUGCCCCGUGCGGCUGCAGAGGAAGGCAAGGAGCUGUUUGGGAGUGAGCAGGCUGAAACAGAGAGAAGUGCAGCAGAGAAUAAAGACACUGAGAUAAAAAGCCCCUCUGAUCCUGAGCAAGAGAGUGGAGAGACAGGAUGCAAGGCAGUGAAGAAAUUCAAAAAAUCAAACAGUUGGAAGAUGGUAAGAUUUCAAGAUCCAUCAACAGAAGAUGAUGUGUUGGAGAGGGACAGCUCCACGGAGAGUCUCUUUCCUGAAUAUGCCACACAGGAGUGGACUUCCACAAGCUUUGAAGAGCUGUUCAUGGCAGAAGAUUGGACAGACAUUACAGAGGACCGGCUGUUGAGGAAGAAAGUGCUGGAGCCUGGGACUCCACAGGGCCCGCACCCUGCCUGGGACCAGGAGGUUACUGUGAAGAUGCAGUGUGUCCUGGAGGACCGCACUGUGGUGGAAAAGGACCGCAAGCUUGUCUUUGUUAUUGGAGAGGGAGAUGUGAACCAGGCCUUGGAGGAGUGUGUCAUGUCCAUGCAGAAAGGAGAGAUCACAUUACUGCUAACAGAUUCGCAGUAUGCCUAUGGACUUCUGGGAAGAGAGCCUGAUAUUCCAGCCUGGGCUCCUUUACUCUACCAGCUGCAGCUGCUGGACUUCAGAGAGAAGCCGGACCCAUUAACUCUGCCCAUUGCAGACCGCAUCCGCAUCGGCAACCAGAAACGAGAGACAGGGAAUUUUCAUUUCCAGAGGGAGGAAUACAGCUUGGCUGCCAGGGCCUAUUGCGUGGCUCUGGAUGUGCUCACCACACGCAGCAAAGAUGGUAAUGAUGUUGGUGUGAAGGAAGAGGAGGAAGAGGUGCAGGACUACCGCGUGAAGUGUUUGAACAACCUGGCGACCACUCAAGUCAGACUGGAGCAGUUUGACGAGGCUCUGCACACCAGCCGAGACGUUCUGACCCUUGAGCCGAACAACGUCAAGGCCCUCUUCAGGGUAGGAAAGCUCCUGUCUGACAAGGGUGAAUACAAAGAGGCUAUGGAAGUGCUAAAAAAGGCCUUGAAACUGGAGCCAGCCACCAAGGCAAUCCAUGUUGAGUUAUCUAAACUUGUCAAAAGGCAGUCUGGAGGCAAAGAAACCCAAGAGUGGAAACCCAAACCAGCAGAGAUGCUUGGAGACAAUAUUGCACCUUUCCUGAUCCCAUCUAAGAAGAAGCCAUCUGGAAUUUCCUGGAAGUUUAUACUUGGCGCUCUGGUGGUGGCUCUAGGCAGCUUGGUGACGUCAAUGGUUUUGACUGCAAGAAACUGAAAUCCUCUGCUGGAAGUAGUUGAAGAUCAUCAUCUUCAUAUGCAGGAGCAGAGUUUGGUCUCGAGUCAUCUAAUAAGUUAAUAUGAAAAGAGUUUUCUGCUGUUGAUGCAACACGACAGCACUGGAGCCUGAACUAAAACGCUCGUCUGAAAAACGAAUAAUAAAACAGAGUUCUCAGUAGGUUUCUGCUGAUCGAUACGACAGAAGUUUCUCAGCUUUCCAGUUCUGUCUGUUUGACUUGGAAAAAGGAUUACGUUUCUCUUUGUCAUAAAUAACGGGGCCUGAAAAAUGUUCCGCUAUCACAGAUGUUUAACAAAAAAACAAAAAAAUAAAAUUAGUGGAUGUGAGACUUUUGUAAAUAAAAACCCAGUUACAAGCAGUUUUAUUUACACACAGUUUUGUGACACACUAAUAAAUCCUUCAAUUAGUACAAGCGAUAAAGCCGCAAUACAGUAUUGCUUAUAGUGACGAUGAACACAAAAAGAAAUUCAAUAUUUUUCCCCCUCUUAUGCAACUCUAGAAAAGAAAUCUGGGAAAAAAAUAGUGCAUUGAU